CCGUGCGGUCACGUGCCCUGCGGCAUGGCUGGCGCGCGGGGGGACGGUGGCGGGGACGGGAGCGGAGGGUGCGCGCUCCUCGUUCCUUCCUACAUCUGCUCCUUCCCCGGCUGCGACGCCACCUUCAACAAGGCCUGGCGGCUGUCCGCCCACCUCUGCCGGCACACGGGCGAGAGGCCCUACGUUUGCGAUUAUGAAGGCUGUGGCAAAGGGUUCACGAGGGACUUCCACCGCGCCCGACACCUCCUCACGCACACCGGGGAAAAGCCGUUCGAGUGCACAACUGAUGGGUGCAAUGAGAGAUUUGGAACAAAAUCAAACAUGAAGAAGCACAUUGAGCGCAAGCAUCAGAAUCAGCAAAAGCAAUAUGUGUGUGACUUUGAAGGCUGUAACAAGUCUUUCAAGAAGCAUCAACAACUUAAAGUUCAUCAGUGUCACCACACCAAUGAACCUCCCUUCAAAUGUAAUAAAGAAGGAUGUGGAAAGUGUUUCUCUACUCCAAGUCGACUAAAGCGGCAUGAGAAGAUACAUGAAGGCUAUGCAUGCAAGAAGGAAAACUGCUCAUAUAUCGGAAAAACUUGGACAGAGCUUCUGAAACAUAAUAAAGUCAGUCACGCAGAGCCAAUAGUCUGCCGUGAAUGUAACAAAACUUUUAAACGGAAGGAUUACCUCAAGCAGCAUCAAAAGACACAUGCUGUGGAGAGGGAAGUCUGCCGCUGCCCCAGAGAGGGAUGUGGAAGAACGUACACAACUUUAUUUAACCUUCAAAGCCAUAUCCUCUCUUUUCAUGAGGAGAAAAAACCAUUCUCUUGUGAUUAUCCAGGCUGUGGAAAAGUGUUUGCAAUGAAGCAGAGCCUAGCAAGGCAUGCAGUUGUACAUGAUCCUGAGAAGAGAAAGCUGAACUUGAAAGCAAAGCGUUCUCGUCCCAAGAGGAGCUUAGCCUCUCGUCUCAGUGGCUACAUUCCUCCUAAAACACAGCCAGGAAAGGAUGAAGUUGUGAUGGAAAGCAAGACAGCAGAUAAGCUUGUGGAAAAUGGAAUAUCAGCUGCUGAAAUUGAGACUGUAGCAAAGGUUAACCAAGACAGUGGUCUUUGUGGAAUGACCAAUGCACAAUAACUUUAGAUAAAGUUAAUUUUUUUUAAAUUUUAUUUUUUAAAUAAAUAUAUAUUGUUUACACCGC